UUGAUCACCUGAGCUAGAAAUUAAACUACCGUAGUUCUUAAUUGAAAUGGUAGGCUUGGCUGGGUAAAUGCCUAGGGAAGAAGGUUUUUUCCCUGCAGGAGAAAACCCCGUUUCUUUUCUUUCUUUCUUUUUUUCGAUUUUACAAUUCUUUGGAAAUGCUGGUAAAUUUUUAUGUAAUGUGAAGAAGUUCCCUAAGUAUCUCAUUUUUCAAAUAGUUCAUUGAACUUUAUUGUUACUAUACCUUUUUUUUUUAAUUCAACAAUUUGAUUUUGGUCAUAAUGCCUCUCUUGAAAAAAGAACUCAGCACUUUCCAAAUUUAUUCAGUGGCAAUUCUUCCACCCUCACUUUUUUAAAGUUUCUGGCUGUAACAUUUUUAUUACGGUGAAUGUUUUGUAAAAUAUUGGAAGCCUAAAGAUUUUAAAACUUAUGUAGACCAGGCAUGUAAAGCCGCAGAGGAAUUUGUCAAUAUUUACUAUGAGACAAUGGACAAAAGAAGACGGGCACUGACCCGUCUGUACCUGGACAAGGCCACUUUAAUAUGGAAUGGAAAUGUUGUUUCAGGGCUGGAAGCCUUAACUAAUUUUUUUGAGGUGUUGCCUUCUAGUGAAUUCCAGGUUAAUAUGUUAGAUUGCCAACCAGUGCAUGAGCAAGCUACUCAGGCCCAGACUACAGUUCUUGUUGUGACCAGUGGAACUGUGAAGUUUGAUGGAAACAGACAGCACUUCUUCAAUCAGAAUUUCCUGCUGACUGCUCAGACUACUCCUAACAACACUGUGUGGAAGAUUGCAAGUGAUUGCUUCCGUUUUCAAGAUUGGGCUAGUACUAGUUAAAGGGAAAAAAGUCCAUUUUCCUUUAGUCCAUUAGUUUCAGCAACAAGUUUAUGUCAAUUAAUUCAUUUCAUUGUAGUUUUAAUUCUUAGCAGCAUCUUUUUAGCAGCUGCCAGUUUGGGUUAUUGCCCUUAAGAGCUUUAAUGCUAGAAUUUUACAUGCCUUACAUACAUUUCACUGAUAACAUACUUAUAGUAAUAUUAUAAACACAGGAUCUCUGUACUAACAUACUGUGAGCCCAGCCUAUUGCAAAAAUGAAAUCCUUUUUAUAAUACUAUCUACAGGAUAUCAGCACAACAUAAUUCUCUGGGAGGAAGUAGAGUAUUUUUUUUGGUUAGGUUAAUUUUGUAAUAGAACACAUAUGUAUUUUCAGUCAACACUGGUGAUACAAUUUUGGUAUAAGGCUUUUUCAAAUAAGUUCAAAUGAAAAUAUUACUACUUUUGGUUUGCAUAACUACUUUGACAUAUUAGAAUCACAGAUAGAGAUGUUCAGUGUUACCUAAUGUUUUCCAUGUUAACAUGUUCUUAUGAAGUGAAUUAAUAUACUAGAGAGGUAUAUGUUCUUAGUUGAUACCUGGGUAUUGGAUAUAUUUAGUGACUUAUAAGCAAAACUUGUUAUAAAGAUUUUUCAUGGCAGCUCCAGGUUUAUAACUUUAGGUAAUGAAUGUUAGUGAGUCUAAUAGCUUUAAAUGGGAGAAUAUGGAGUGAGAAAUAUAGAGAGCUAUAGUUGGCCAAAAAUUAGAAGGGGUGGCCACAUGGAAAAUUUUUGGUACUUGUUUCCUACCUCCUAAAAAUUUAGCCUAUUUUUAGAGUUUAAGUCAUUAAGAUAAGAAUCAUUGCCAAAUGGUCACGAGUGUCACUUUUGUUCUAAAGAUUACUUUUAAAGGUUUUUCCAGUUCACCUCAUACUUAUUAUCGAUAUAUAUCUCAAUUUAUUCAAGAACUUAUGGAGGUAAAAUGUCAGCAAUAAACCAGACCCUGCAGAGGGUCUAACAGGAAAGUUGAAAACAAAGCCAUUGUUCUCUCUUUGAGACACCCUUAACUUCUAAGUCUUCCAUGUGAACUUAAGGCCAAAAAUCUCUAAUGUAUUAUCCACCCCCAAAGUAAGUUAUUUCUUUCCUGUUUUACACUGUGAACUAUAUUAUCUUUUUUGCUCAUUAAAGCCACAAUUAUUUAAUUUUAGGACUUGUUCUUUUAUAUGGCAUUAUGAGCAAAUAGAUUUUUUUUAAAACGUUCUAGUUAUGUAGUUAACUCUAUCUUUUUAACAAUAAAUAUAGAGAGAAACAGAUCUUCAUUAGCCCAUAAACUUCAAAGUGAUUCAUUUUAUGUCUUAGCAUCUAAAGAGAAAGAAAUACAGCUUUGGCUUUUGGUUAAAUUUUAAAUAUUUUUUCAUUCUUGAAUUUGUUGUUUUAAUGUUUUUAAGCUAGAUGUGCCAGAUUUGUUUAUAUAUUGCAGCUCAAAGUUAAUGUUUCUUAUUACUUCUUUUGAAAACCAGUAAUUCACUUAAUCUUCCCCAUGAUCACACAUUAUAUUUCUGACAUAUUAACAAAAUAGAAUUAAAUAGAAGAAGGGGGUACAAUUGGAAUUUGACCACUCCCUCUUAUAGUACUAACCAAAACUUAUGCUUUAUUCAAAAUGAGCUUACUCUGAUUUUGAAUUGGCUUUCUAAAGACCACAUCUUUAACAGCAGUAGUCAGAGUGCCCAAACACUGCCCUUUCAUUUGUGGAGACCAGUUUUAAGUAGAGCUGCAUAUAACUAGCAAUAAGUAAAUUGAAUGGUUGUAUACUAUUCAUGAACUGAAUGUUUUGAGACUUAUGUAUGAACUGGUAUUUUUUUCCCAAAAUUCUGUAUAACUUUUAAAUGGCUGGAACUACUCGUAUAUGGACUAGACUGUAUUUUUGACAUGCACAUAUUUUUGUAACUUGAAAAAAAUAAAAUUUGUCUUGACAAGUUUU